CGGGUAUAAAAGGAGGCGUCUACGAGGGGAGGAGCAUCAGUUAGUCGUGAGCUGUGGUGAAGUGAGGAAGGUUAUUGAGCUCCUGUCUUCUUCAUCCCUCGUAUUACCAUGAGUCGCAGCGCCGUGUUGGUGGCGGUGGUCCUGGUGGGCAUGGCGGUGUUGGCCUCGGCCGGGCCUUACGGACGACCCAGGCACGGUGGGCACGGCGUCAAGGGCUUCUCCUCCUCCAGCUCCUCAUCAUCCUCAGACUCGUCUUCAAGUUCCUCAGCUUCCUCCGCAUCCUCUUCGUCGUCACGUGCCUCCUCCAGCUCCUUCGCCUCGUCCUCCGGUGGCACGGUCUUCAAGGAGUCUUCGUCGCAUGAUUUGUCCAAGGAUUCCUCAGACUCCUCUGCCUCUGCCGCCGCCUCCUCCUCUUCUUCCCAACACGACUUUACUACGUUCUCCGUCGACCCAGCCGGGAACAAGAUCCAGGGGGGCGAUGCUGCUUUGGUGCCGAUCGGAGCAGGCUCUGGGGCAGGCUCUAGGGGAGGCAUCGGCAUCGGCGGAUCUGGGAGCCACGGUUCAGCCUCUGGUUCUGGAGGUGCUGGCGUAGGGGCAGGUAUUGGGGCGCCCAUCCACACCACCGACGUCCACACAUCCGGCACUCACGGUUCAGCUGGUUCCGGGUUUGGUGCUGCUGGUCACGGCUCCUCCGGUGCUGGCCUGGGUUCCGGUGAUCAAGGUUCUUCAGCCUCGCACAUCCACGGCACCUCAAAUCUCGGCCUUACUGGUGGCUCUCACGGGUCAGCAGGCACUGGGAUCGGUUUCACCAGUCACGGUUCCACCAGCCACGGUUCCACUGGUCACGGUUCCACAGACACCGGCUUUGGUUCCACCAGCCACGGUUCCACAGACACCGGCUUUGGUUCCACUGGCCACGGUUCCACAGACACCGGCUUUGGUUCCACCAGCCACGGUUCCACUGGCCACGGUUCCACAGACACCGGCUUUGGUUCCACCAGCCACGGUUCCACUGGCCACGGUUCCACAGACACCGGCUUUGGUUCCACCAGCCACGGUUCCACCAGUCACGGUUCCACUGGCCACGGUUCCACAGACACCGGCUUUGGUUCCACCAGCCACGGUUCCACCAGUCACGGUUCCACAGACACCGGCUUUGGUUCCACCAGCCACGGUUCCACCAGCCACGGUUCAACUGGCCACGGUUCCACAGACACCGGCUUUGGUUCCACCAGCCACGGUUCCACUGGCCAUGGUUCCACAGACACUGGCUUCGGUUCCACCAGCCACGGUUCCACUGGCCAUGGUUCCACAGACACUGGCUUCGGUUCCACCAGCCACGGUUCCACUGGCCAUGGUUCCACAGACACUGGCUUCGGUUCCACCAGCCACGGUUCAACAGACACCGGCUUCGGUUCCACCAGCCACGGUUCAACAGACACCGGCUUCGGUUCCACCUCCCACGGCUCCGCAGGCACCGACUUCGGUUCCACUUCCCACGGAUCCACAGAUGGAAGCUUCGGUACCAGCCUCACGGGCUCUGCUAGCAUUGACUUUGAUUCCACGGUGAAAGGUUCUUCAGGGGACUCUCACGGCUCGGGCGCCGCGCCGUCCCUGCACUACGGCGUGCCCACCAAGGGGUGAGCGAGGGUCGCCCAGCCCAGCGGAACGUCAGCUGGAGAGACGCUGAACUGCUGUGUGCCGCAGCGUUAGGGCGGCGAGUCUGUCUAUAGGUGUUGUAGGCUACGGCAGCAAACCUUGUGAAGCUUUUAUAAGAAAACAACUCAGAGAAAUCAA